GGGAUUGAGCGACUCUACAGCUAUUCUAACGGUGCACCUGGUCUGGUCACUGUGAAUGCUUGCCGACCGCAGCUGGUUCAAUUGACCUCAAGACACCACCAAAGCUUUCGCUCCGCUCCGACGGACGUCUCUCAAACCUCUCUCAAAACGCUUCCUCAAACCUACGCGCUUCCUCGCAACCCAAAGACGGCCUCCAGACGUGCUGGAGCCGGACAUGGUAGCGAUUGAAAACUUCGAUCGACCGACCGCCCUUCUUCAAUCUUUGCGCUGGAUAGCAUGUCCUCGCGCACCCGUUCGCGAACUGGGCCCCCUGGCCAAGGAACCCACGAGCUUAACUUGGAGUCGGACACGGAACCUGACACAGACCCUGUCGCGGAGCCUGUCGCGGAACCUGUCAUGGAGCCAAUGACCACAAUGGCUCUGCUCGCCUCGCACGUGAUCCAGGGGUUCCGAGCAAACCUCCAGAAGAAGUCGCAACGCCUACAGACUUUUGGCUUUGAUUCUUACUUCUCGGCCUACAUUGCCGUGACCAGGCACAUGAACCAUCAGCUCAAGGCGAACCUGGCAGCAACCUGGUCUUCCCAUUGGGACCAUGUCAUGGUACCCUUCCUCGAAGAUGCCCUACACCGCAACCUUGCAAGUCCGGACAUCACCCCAGCAUCCUUGGAAGACGCCCGAGCCCACCUGCACAAACAGUUUGGUUUCCACUUGGGCGUCGCCGCCCUGGCCCGAAUGUUGGACGCGUCGACGAGCAAUUUUACUGGACUCGCUGAGUUCGAUGAGUGGGUGCAGGCGGUUGAUUGCAUGUUUCAGCACGAACCGCUUGAAUACACCAUGCUGACCAAGCUCCAGAUGUUGUGCAAGCUCCAGCGCCAGUGCACUUGCAGCCGACUGGUGGAGCGUCUCGCCACUGCGGCACACCAGGCUACAUCUGGUCCAGCGACCACGUUGACUAGAAUCGUGAAAAAAGCUCUCGAUGGUUACGUCCCGACUCCGUGCCUUCGCCAUUUCUUCCGUUUGUCUUUGAACCAUCCUCGCCGGAUCGGGGCUCCGGCUGGCGAGGGGGGGUGUUAG